AUGGGCGCCGAGGAAGAGGAGGAAACGGCAGGCGAGCCAGAGGGGUCUGUACUGGGCGGGGAUGGGGAGGGUGGCGAUGUUGCCGCCGAGGAGGGGGAGAGGCCCGCGGCUGUGCUGUCGUGCUCGAUCUGCCUAGACGCGGUGAUCACCGGGGGCGAGGAAAGGUCCACAGCAAAGCUGCAGUGCGGCCACGAGUUCCACCUCGACUGCAUUGGUUCAGCAUUUAAUGCCAAGGGAGUUAUGCAAUGUCCUAAUUGUCGCAAAAUUGAGAAAGGGAAUUGGUUCUAUGCAAAUGGUUCCCAUCCAUCACAAGAUCCAAACAUUGAUGAACAUGGUGAAGACUUUCCUGAUGUUGGUUAUUCAGAAAUGGGAAGGGGUAUCUUUCUGCUCUAUCACCUAUUCACCUCACUCGUUAAAGUUUUCCCUUGCCAUGUGUAUACUUAUCGAUAUGCGGUGUCCUGCAUGCUCGAUUGUAAAAGUUCAUUGAUCAUUACAUGGAAUUCUAUUAAGCCAUAUCGCUUCCAAUGGUGUCCUGUUGGCCGCUUGGCGCAGCUUCCAUCCUUAUUUGACAGUGAUGUGGAGUCGUCACCAGCUAUUACUUUUCAUGAUUUCAUGGGGCAAAACUUUACCUCUGAGCACUUGCCUGUGUCAGCACCUGGUGCGACUCAUCCAGGCCCAUAUGUCGCUUACUUUCAGCCUCUUCCGUCACCUUCAUCAUCGUCAAGCCCCCAUGUUACCGAGAGAACAAUGGAAGGUGCCACAUAUCAUGAUCACUGGAGCUCCCUAGCUGGGGUAGCAGAUGGCCGGCCAAUGCAGACAUUACAUCCCAUUGAUUUCGAGCAUAAUCACUGGGCGCACAUACCCCUUUCCUAUUCUCAGCCCAACAGCAAUAACGGUGUAACAGAGCAGCCAGGAGUCCCUGUGGGAGCCAUGAGGGUUGGGGGGCUUGAUCGCGAUAGCCAGCAGCGAGGGUCUCUCCCCUCAGUUUAUGGAAAUGGAUCCGGAUCAAGAUCUAGAAUCCCAAAUGCUCCUCCGAUGGUGCCACAGUUCAUGAGAGCACAUGGUAACCUGAGUGAACAAUACCAGCAAAGUUCUUCCAGCCUAUACGCUGGGUCACAGCUAUCAGGGGGUAUGCGACCACUGGGAGCUGCUGGACCUGGCGUGCCGCCUCUUGUGGAUAGCACUUCCUUUUCCAUGUUCCCACCGGCUCCGUCAGGCCCUGCUUCGGUGGAGCCGGAGGAUUCGGGAGGAAACCAGUUGUAUGCCUGGGAGAGGGACCGUUUCGCUCCUUAUCCGCUGAUUCCUGUAGGUUCCGAGGCAAGCUGGUGGGGCUCCUCACAACAACCCCACGGCACACUUGAACCUGCCGCUGUCGCUGCAGCUGCCUCGAGGAGGCUAUUCGGGCAAUGGAUUGGCAUUGGAAGCUCGCAACCACAGCAAGUGUCUCCGCCAGCAGAUAAUAGAUCUUCAGAUAACUCGCCUUACCGACAGAUGCACAUCCCCCGGAUGUAGCUCAGCGUUUGUUUUAAAGCAAACUCGAGAACCCUGUUCUGUUGGUUGUAAAGAAGAUGACACCGUUGUAUGCAGAUGGGUUGCAUGGUAAUCAAUACCGUGACAUUGUGCAGGAUGGUAAAGAAGACAUACCCAAGGAGAAAACGUGUUGCCUUUCUAUGUGAAUUUGGUGGAAGUAUAUAUUUCAAGUCAGGUCGAGGCAGAGGCACUACUUAGCUUGCUGUA